UCAUGAAGCACUGUGGGAAUCGAAAAUUGGAGCUGCAAUUCUGCAACGUCACUCACCUCAUCCAAAUCCUUGAAAACCCCAAUUCCUUUCAUUUGAUCGUCGAUCAACGAUGCCCUUUUUCAAAACUCCGUUCAACGGCUACUCCGUUAGGUUCUCCCCCUUUUACGAGUCCCGUUUAGCCGUAGCCACCGCCCAGAAUUUCGGCAUAUUAGGGAACGGCCGUGUCCACGUCAUCGACCUCUCUCCGAACGCCCCUAUCAUCAACGAACUCAUCUCCUACGACACCGCCGAUGGUGUCUACGAUGUAGCCUGGUCCGAAUCGCAUGAUUCCGUCCUCGUCGCUGCCGUCGCCGACGGAUCUAUCAAAGUCUACGACACUGCCCUCCCUCCUCACUCCAACCCUCUUCGCUCCCUCAAAGAACACGCCCGUGAAGUCCACGGUCUCGAUUACAACCCAACGCGGCGCGACUCGUUCCUCUCCGCUUCCUGGGACGAUUCCGUCAAGCUCUGGACCCUCGACCGCCCUGCUUCCCUUCGCACUUUCCGUGAACACGCGUAUUGCGUGUAUUCCGUCGCGUGGAAUCCUAAACAUGCUGACGUUUUCGCCUCCGCGUCCGGUGACUGUACGGUAAGAAUCUGGGACGUUAGGGAACCCGGUUCAACGAUGAUAAUCCCGGGUCACGAACACGAAAUAUUGUCGUGUGAUUGGAAUAAAUAUGAUGAAUGCCUGAUUGCUAGUGCAAGUGUAGAUAAGAGUAUUAAAAUUUGGGAUGUAAGAAACUAUAGGGUCCCGGUUUCGGUCCUUAAUGGCCAUGGCUAUGCUGUUAGGAAAAUUAAGUUUUCACCGCAUAGGAGGAGUUUGAUUGUGUCUUGUUCGUAUGAUAUGACCGUUUGUUUGUGGGAUUUUAUGAUAGAAGAUGCACUUGUUGGAAGGUAUGAUCAUCAUACCGAGUUUGCUGUUGGGGUCGAUCUCAGUGUUCUUGUUGAUGGGCUUAUGGCCAGUACUGGAUGGGAUGAGCUUGUUUACGUUUGGCAGCAGGGGAUGGACCCCAGAGCAGCUUAGAAGGGAAGUUUUUAUACCUUCUUUCUAUUGUUUCUCUUUGCCCUUUGUGUAAUUCAUUGUCAUAUUUCAGAUGAGUACUGGAAUGGUUUUGGCUUUCCAAUAGGUGAAUGAUAUACUUGGAAGGGGAUUGCUAAUGGGGGACAUGAUGCUGUUGUUGUAGUUAAUUGUAAUUUGGUUUGGCCAUGACCUGACUUUGCUCAAUUGCAUUGUGUUCUUGAUGAAUAAAUAGCCCUAAUUAUAUCAGAUAUCAGUCCACCAUAUAUCAAUUCUAAUAAAAGUGAAGGAGUUUCGAUUUUGCUUUUCA